AUGUGCAGUGGUCGCUUACUGGAGGUUACUGGCCUGUUACUAACCAAUUCAAGUAGGCUAAAUUAUGGUUCUUUUUGUCUUUUCCAGUCCCCUAUAGAACCUCUGUUACCCCAGUUACUUAAUCAGACGUCCUCUCUUAACAAGUCUGCCCAAUCAGCUGGCAGUUUUUCAGUGGAAGAUGGACAACUUGCUCUCCCAAAGACGUUUGUCACUCGCAAAGGUGCAAUUAUACUUUUCACCCCAAGCGAGGAUCUUUGUCACCAUGGAAGUGGAGAGACCCACAUUAACAAGGAAAACGUUUAUGAGGCAGGCCUCAAGCUAAGAACAUUGGGGAAUUUGACCAACUCAGUGCUUGAGUUUGGAAAAGAGGAUGAGGAAACCUGGGAAGGAACAAACUAUCCAAAUGAAACAUCAGGGAGAGAAAACCCUCAAAAGAGGGACAAGACAUUUUUGAGAUUUCUUCAUUACCUUGACUCAGAAAACCUGACAGCUGAUAAACAUGUUCAGCCAGGAGCUGAUCCUGAUUACUACCUUGAGGAGCUUAAAAAAUCUAGUGGUCAUAAUUCCCACAGGAGGUUCAGAUCACAGACUCCGUUUUCCACUAAAACUUCUCAUUCCACCAACACUGCAUCCCAUUACUCCCAAUUCCUGGAAGAUGAUGAGGAAAUAACUGGCAUCAUACAAGAUUACAUAAAGUAUGGCAGAUCAGGAAGGAGCAAAAAUAACGAACAUCUUGAGCACAGAGUCAUGUCAUCAGAUCACAUGCCAGAUAUUGGUGUUGAAGGAGCGCUCAACAGGACAGGGGAGGGGGUAAAAUCAAUUACUGGCCUGUUACUAACCAAUUCAAGUAGGCUAAAUUAUGGUUCUUUUUGUCUUUUCCAGUCCCCUAUAGAACCUCUGUUACCCCAGUUACUUAAUCAGACGUCCUCUCUUAACAAGUCUGCCCAAUCAGCUGGCAGUUUUUCAGUGGAAGAUGGACAACUUGCUCUCCCAAAGACGUUUGUCACUCGCAAAGGUGCAAUUAUACUUUUCACCCCAAGCGAGGAUCUUUGUCACCAUGGAAGUGGAGAGACCCACAUUAACAAGGAAAACGUUUAUGAGGCAGGCCUCAAGCUAAGAACAUUGGGGAAUUUGACCAACUCAGUGCUUGAGUUUGGAAAAGAGGAUGAGGAAACCUGGGAAGGAACAAACUAUCCAAAUGAAACAUCAGGGAGAGAAAACCCUCAAAAGAGGGACAAGACAUUUUUGAGAUUUCUUCAUUACCUUGACUCAGAAAACCUGACAGCUGAUAAACAUGUUCAGCCAGGAGCUGAUCCUGAUUACUACCUUGAGGAGCUUAAAAAAUCUAGUGGUCAUAAUUCCCACAGGAGGUUCAGAUCACAGACUCCGUUUUCCACUAAAACUUCUCAUUCCACCAACACUGCAUCCCAUUACUCCCAAUUCCUGGAAGAUGAUGAGGAAAUAACUGGCAUCAUACAAGAUUACAUAAAGUAUGGCAGAUCAGGAAGGAGCAAAAAUAACGAACAUCUUGAGCACAGAGUCAUGUCAUCAGAUCACAUGCCAGAUAUUGGUGUUGAAGGGUGUGAAACUUUAGACGAGUUCUCUUCGUUUUCAUCACCUAGAACACCAAGAAUGCAACCCGGUCACACCAACUUGUUUUCAUCAUCUAUUCCAUUCAUGUCGAAUCUCAGAUAUGGAUCUACUUUCUACGAGGUUGCCGACUCAAGACCUAAAACAGCACCCAUCCCACCCACCCUGGAGUCACCAAGAGCUAAUCCCAGGAUUACCAGUGCCAAACCAGCCCCACUCCCUAGAGCGCUUGGUUCUACACCAAAUCAUCUUCACGAGAUCAUCAAUGCUGACGUAGGCUUCGGUCGAUAUCAGCGGCGAGGUCCCAGUCCCCUUGUGAGACUCAGUCGCAGUCCUUCACCGUCUUUCCAUUUGGGAUCAUCUAGAGGAGCAACGCCUGACUGCUCCAAGGGUCAACGUCUGGCCAGCCCAGAUGGCAAGAGUGAGGAAUGGAACCGAACGGCAAACACCAUUGAAGAAGAAGAUGAAGCUGCUUUGCCAGGCGACCAAACGGGGUCUGGAAAUAAUUCGCGUAGGCCAUCAAGCGCUGGCUCUCUUCGCAGUGGUAGAGAGGAGAAAGUGGACGUACGGAGGAGAGUUUCGAGCGCUGGGACAGCCAAUAGAAGGACUCGUUCGAGUCUCCACUCCAGCCUUACUGGAAGCCUGUCGAGUGUAUCACAUUACAACAGGGGACUCUCCGCGAUGUCUCUUGAUCAUGACUUCCUCGCUCGUUCCCCAGAGUUCGAUGAAAUGGAACGCGAGGAGAAUUCUCCGACUUGGCCUGAAGUCAGAGAUGAAUUGUUUGUGUUACAUGAUGACCCUGCUGAUGAUACCAAGCAACAGGCAACGUGGCAAGUUUAUGGAGAUAUUGCUGGCUCACGAACCGCAUCACCAUCACGUGAUACUGCCGCGAAAAGCCCUUCUCCAUCUCCGAGAAGUCCCUCGGUCGCUUCUCGGGUAGCUACGCCUUCAACUCGCUCGGCUUCGGUUCAGUCUCGUCGAGAGAAAGUUGCUAGAUCUCGAGGUUCGUCGGCUGUGUCUUCUGCUACAAGCGAGCAAUGGAAAGAAGCGGUAAUAGCAGCUGGUGAUGCUGAAGAGAGAAAAUCGUCCUCUUCCUCUCGUGACAGAAUUAUUACAAGCCGCUCUCCAAGCCGUCAGAAUGACGGACAAGACGAAGAAAUUCAAGUUGAAGGUGACACAAGGACUUCGAGUGCAAAGUCGACCCAGGAAGGCACAGAAACAAAAGCCACUCUUGGAAGUGAGGCUGACUUGGCCCAAGUUUCCGAGGCGGUAGUUCGGUCACAGUCGGUGGUCGAAGGAGUGUUUGAAGAAAUGCUUGCCGAAGAGGAAACAGCUGAGCUGGAGUGGCCUGGAGUGGCGGCGCACGAGGAAGAUGCUAAGCCAGAGGAAAUGAAUAGAAGUGAUGACGAAGAUAGCAUCUCCCAAGAGCUUGCUAUCUCUACCCCUGAAGGUCUCCCCGAGGGAUCCCCUGGGGAGGAAUUAAUGCCUAUACCGUCCGUGAACGUACAGGAGAGCUCAGAGCCAGAUUCCAUUCAGCCAGGUACUCAAGUUGCUGUUUAUAUAAUGAGAUUUGAGAUUUCAUUCUUCUUCGUUACAAUGGGACUCUCGAACGUGAAAUCACAUUUUUUCAAACGUGGAGCGAGAGGGGAACACAAUGAGAAAAAUGUUAACGUGAAAAUCAGUGAAACAACAAUCCGUCCCAAACCAGAAGCUGUUAAAACUACGAUUAACAAACAGCCUAAACCUGCGCCUUCACGCCUUAGCGAAAAGCCCAAAGAUGGUAAAAGCAAAGCUGAAUCGAAACCUGAUCUCCCAGGAUUGAGCUUAGCAAAGAACAACGAGAUGAACAAAGAGGUGAAAGAACCGACGGUUGAAGAAAGGGAGGCCCGCCGACAGAUGGUCAGCGAUUUACUUUCCAAACGUGAUGCGCCGAAAGACGGCAAACUGGAGCUGGAGGGGAUUGGUAAAGAAGGUGAAGAAGGCGAUUUAACGUCAGGGGGACUGGUCACUAGAACAAGUCCGACGAUAGCCGAGAAAAAGAAUGACUUAUCGGAUCUAGCGGCGCUGGUGUCUAAGAACAAGACGCCAAGUAAACCUAAGGAUAAGAAAAGCGAUUCCAAAAAGAAACCCGGGAAACAGUCCAAAUCUGCGAAGAAGAAAAGCGAGCAGGAGUCCACUAUAGACCCUGAAAAUAUCGAUUUUGAUGCAUUCAACACACCGGAAAUGUUAGAUGGAAUGGACGAUGAACUACGUCAGUUCAUUCAAGAGCAAAGUAAAAGUGACAUGACUAUAGCUGCUGUCAAUCAGGCCAGUGGCGGUGCUGUUGUUAAUGAACCAGUCAAAAGACGCGAGUCUGUACAGACCAUGCAAAUGCCUCAGGUGGCCCCGGAAGUUUCACCAGAGAAAAGAGAUGCAUAUGCACCUUCUCUACCCAAGAAAAUGUCCAAGAAGGAGCUGGCUAAACUGAGAGCAGAUCAAAGAAAAGAAGAAAGGAAGAGGAAAGAGGAGGAAAAGAGAUUGAAAGAAGAGGAAAUGCGCUUGUUAAAAGAGCGAGAAGAAGAGGCAGUCAGAGCCAAGGCUGAGGCAGAAGAGAAGCAGAAAAAUAUUGAAGAAGAAAAGAUGAAAAGGAUGGAGGAGGAGGAAGAGGCGAAACGACAGGAACAGGAAGCGUUGGAGAAACUGAAGGAAGCGAAGAAAAAGGCGCGCGAAGAGCGAGAGUCGAGAAGGGCGGCUGAGGCAGAACGAAGAAGGCUGGAAGUACAGAAGAAGCGUGAAGAGAAGAAGAAACGAGAAGAAGAGUUAAGAGAGCGAGAGAAAGAACUUGAACAACAGCGAAUGAAUCGCGAGAAAAGAAUGGCAGAAAUUGACGAGGCGAGGCAGCGGAAAGAAGAACUGGAACGCUUGGAAGAAGAGCAAAGACGCGAGGAAGAACGGCUCAUGGCGCUUCAGAUGGAGGAAGAAGAACGGCGUUUAGAAGAGGAGAAGAUACGCGAAGCAGAGGAAGAGCUUCAGAGGAUACAAGAGGAGCGAGAGUAUCGCGAGCAGAUGAGGCGGAUCGCUGAAAUGCAGGAAGCUAAGUUGAGGCAGGAAGAAGAGGAAAGGCUGAGGAGGGAGGAAGAAGAACAACAACGGGCUGAAGAAGAAAAGCGUAAGCGGGAGGAAGCUGAGCAAGAGCGGCUCCGCGAGGAACAGAGACGCAUUGAAAUGGCACACCGGCUGGAAGCUUUAGCACGCAUGCGCUCUGCUCAAGCGGCUGCCAGGAGGAAGGCGUUAUUGUUGAAACGAAGGGAAGAUAACAUGGAAAGAAUGCAUAGCCUCAAGCACACGCGUUGUGGUCAACACAUUACCCGAGCCUUUGUAUUUACAUACUAUACGCACAUACCAAGAAAGGUAUGGGAAGUACCGAUCGGUUUCAACAAGAAAAAGAAGGGUUUUGGAUCGCCUAGGAGAAAACCAGCCCCGCCUAAACCGCCUUCAUAAGAAAUAGCAAGCCUUCGGCGUUCAUGCUUUAAGAAUUCACGCUGGAGGAAUGAAAUUUUCAACGCCCUGCAUCCCAAAGUGGGAAAAAUCGUAAACUCAGAUUGCGAAGUUGCUGUAGCAUUUGGAAAUCACUUUGGAUUGAACUAGGAUCAUUCGUUUCAACUGAGCAGCACACAGCAAAUUCGUGCUCAGUUCCUCUGGGUCUUUACAUUCCAAAGACUAUGUUGAGGAGGUUAUGGACUACAUGAAUCUGUUCCUACGUCAAAGGCAACAAAACGAUUACGUUUCGUGAGACAAGAGGGAAGUCACUCAAGUUAGUAAGGUUAUCUGCGAUUAAACGUUCCCUUACGGCAAUUUUUCUAGUAAGAGUAUUUAUUUCAGUGAUGUUCUAGUUAUUUAAAGGGAGGAAUAGAAUUUUCACAUUAUAUAGAACUUUUUUUAGGGAUGAUCUCUGUAAAUCCGGCAAUCCUUUGUAUAAAUGCAUGUUUCUAAGUAAUCUUUGUAAACUUUGUAAAAUAACUGUUAAAUGCUUUCGAUGCAGCAGUUUUGUACUUUUGAAAGAGAGACCUAUGAAUGCCUGAAUGUUUCGACCUUUCAAGGAUUGCCACAAGAUGUAAGAAAAUAAAUCAGAUAAUUUUUGCGAGGGUUGCAAAUGAAUGAAUCGCUCAAGAAACUUGACAAACCUUGCAAAUGAUUACGUUAAGAGAAAUAGUCUAUUUUGAAAAGAAUGUAAAUGAUAAACUCGAGCAGAUUUAUACGCGUUUAUUUUAACUUUGACGAAUUAUUGUCUGUUAUUUAUUAUUUGCUAGAUUUUGAUUUUCUUAGGUUGCAAUCAAGCGAGCAAACUAUUUAAUAUUAUAUCCUAGUUUGUUGUUAGAAAAGAAAUAUAUAUAUUUUUAGAAUUAAUCUUACAAAUGAGAACAAUCCGGCUGAAAAACGGUCUGGCAAAGUAAAGAAUUAUGGCACAGA